GGUGCAUAAACAGUGGGCGAAGAUGGCGUCGAGUAAGAAGGGCGGAGGGACUGGCAGGCUGGAGAGAGUUAUGAAUGGAAGACGCUCAUCUAAAUUCAAAGAAGGUCCUGUUGAGAGGAGGCUGACAUGGACAAAGCAUUGAACUCAGACGCUGUGAUGGACACCCAGGCGGUGUUUGCGGCCCUGUACAGCGUGUGUGAAGAAAAUGUCACUUUCUUCUCGGCCGGGGCCAAGGGGACCCAGGGGGAUGCAGUCCGACGGCUGGUGGCAACCAUGAAGCUGAUCCAGGAACACGCUCGCAGUCUGGAACCAGUUAUUUCUGGCUUCGCUGCCGUUUAUCACCAUUUCGACUUUGACCCACACAUACCCGCUAAUGGCUACCGCUCGUUGGUGAAGGUUGUGCGUUGCUGUCUUCUCCACAUCAUCCACAAGGGGCGCUACAUAACAGCCAACCGCCGCAGCAUCUUCUUUCGUGUAGCCCACAACGCCGGGGAGAUGGAAGCUUACUGCAGCGCGCUCUGUCAGCUGCGGGCCCUGCUUUACCUGGCCCAGCGAAUGCUCCACGACAACGGCCAUGGCAACCUGUUCUUCCAAGAUGAGAGUGGACUCAGUGAGAGUUUUGUGCGGGAAUAUGCCUCCAUGCACAAAGGAUGUUUCUAUGGGCGCUGCCUGGGCUUUCAGUUCACUCCAGCCAUCCGACCUUGUCUUCAGACCAUCGCUAUCGGCCUUGUGGCGUUUGGAGAAAACUAUAAGCGCCACCAGUCAGGAAUAGUGGACGCAGGAAGUAUUGCACCAUAUGGUGUGGCAGCCAGCUCUUUUUUUACCUCUGGGAAGUACGCCAUAGACCCGGAGCUGAGAGGGGCAGAGUUCGAACGGAUCACUCAGAACCUGGAUGUUCAUUUCUGGAAGGCCUUCUGGAACAUCACAGAGACGGAGGUUCUGUCGAGUCUUGCCAGUAUGACCUCUACUCAAGUCAAGGUGAACAGAGCGCUCUCUGUUCCUCCUGUGGCCUUCGAUCUUCCUCUAGCUGCCAACCACAGAACGUCGGUAACGAUAAAGCCACCUUCUGCGCACAUCGGCACUGCUCCUGUUCAGAUGAGACUCAUAUCUUAUGAGUUGCGUGAAGGACAGGACAGUGAAACCCUGCUAUCUCUGUGUCGAUCUGAGGGAGGUGCUAUUUCUCUAUCCCUGGGGUUGAAGACCAAGCGCCUCCCUUCUUCUCCCUGCAUUUUGAUCCACUUCCAUGGGGGAGGCUUUGUGGCCCAGACCUCAAAAUCCCAUGAGCCUUAUUUGAAGAGCUGGUCCCAGGAUCUUGGUGUUCCUAUCCUGUCAGUGGAUUACUCUCUGGCCCCUGAAGCCCCCUUCCCACGGGCACUGGAGGAAUGUUUCUAUGCCUACUGUUGGGCUUUAAGAAACCACCAUCUACUUGGAUGGACUGGAGAGAGAGUGUGUUUGGCCGGUGACAGCGCAGGAGGCAACCUAUGUGUGACCACUUCGAUGCGUGCCGCUGCGUCUGGUGUGCGGAUGCCGGAUGGCAUCGUGGCGGCCUACCCGGCUACGCUGCUGACGGCCUACGCAUCGCCCUCCCGCCUGCUCACACUUAUGGACCCCCUGCUGCCGCUCAGCGUGCUCUCCAGGUGUCUCAGUGCCUACGCAGGUAAUGAGCCGCAGCCUGAGAAGCAGGUAGAAAAAGUGAGCACGUUGAGCCUGGUGAGGAGAGAUACGGCGCUGCUGCUGCGAGAUUUCCGACAGGGAGCCUCCAACUGGAUCCAAUCUCUGCUGGAUCCCAGCAGAGCGUCAGCCUCCUCCAACACAGCUGCCGAGACAACACCAGCAGCCGCCGAUACGCCCACAACCGAUACGGUGAGGAAAAGUGUCUCGGCGGCUUCGAUCAACUCUCCUCACGCCGACCCGCCUGUUCCCAACAAGCCAUCGCAGCUCCCCAGCAGGAAAUUAUCUGUGAAGAGCAAGACGUGCCAGGACUUGGGCUCCCACAGCAGCUCCGUCCUCCAGAGUCCCUCGCUGAUGUCUGAGCACACUGUAGAAGAUGUGAGUUUCUUCCUCUCCGGGGACGGUGACCCCUCCAUGUCCGAUGACCUGUCCUCCGUAGCCAUUCCACCCCCUGUUGGAGGGGAAAGAUCAGAGCUGGAGCACCCCAGGGAGUUUCCGCUGGGCUUUGAGCCUCUACGCUCGGAGCAGCUCGCUGAAAUGAAGAUGCAGACCUCUCCAGUGGUCAAGGAUCCUUUCUGCUCACCUCUGUUGGCUCCUGACAGCAUGCUGAAGGGGCUGCCGCCUGUAAACAUAGUGGCGUGUGCGUUGGACCCCAUGCUGGACGACUCGGUCAUGUUUGCCAAGCGUCUGAGGAGCGUAGGGCAGCCUGUCACUCUGUGCAUCGUGGACGACCUCCCCCACGGCUUUCUCAGUAUAUCACACCUCUCCAAGGAGACCAGGGAGGCCGCAAACAUCUGCGUGGAGCGAAUCCGCUCCGUCUUCAACCAGAAAGACACGCCCCCAGAGCCACGCAAGCACCGCAAGCUGGAGCGGACCGAUGGGGGGGAACUGGCACCUUGUGGGGAAAAUGGUGCUCUCCUCACCCGACCUAUUGGGGACGCAGAGGCAGCUGUCGGGAAGGGGGCUAAGAUUUCUGAUGGGGAGGGCUCUGUUACUGUGGCAGCCCAGAAUAACACUGACGCUGGCGGCAUCGGUGCUUAAAUGAGGUUUUGGGGGGGGGGCACUGCAGUUCACCAAAAGAGUGAAAAGAGAGAGAGUUGAUGAAAGUCAGACUGAUGUAGGCAGAGCAAAGCUUCUAUGAGAACAAAGGAAAAAAACAUGCAAGAAACAGAAGGGUGGGAGGGGGCAGUCUAAAAAAAUGCUCAGUGUUUAAAAGAUAAAUAAAAGGGGGUGGAGCGCUUAAAUGUAUUUAAUCUCAACACUACGAACACACCCACAAAAAAGGCAGUCAUGUUUCAGGAUGGGAUGACGAUUUCAAAGAUUCUCAGAUCAAAGAUCAGCAUGCCCCCACAUACACACAGCAGAGCAUGCGUACCUAACGGAGCCGCUGUCGGGCAGCCCCAGACAUAAAGCAGCGCCGAGCUCUCCUAAGACGACGCCUGAAUGGGUGAUUCAUCUGGGCCGAGGCAGGCCCUAAUCAGAUAGAGGUGGACACACUGUAUGCUUCUGUGUGGAGGCAUCCGCAACAACGAGGCCACUUGUCCUUUAGGAAUACUCUCUAAAUCACACUUAAUAACUCCACAUUGUCUUCCCCAUUAUGCCUGUUUGGCAUCACCUUGUAGGAAGUAAAUAUGUUUUCUCUUACCAAAUAGAAUAAUGAGGCUAACCAAGCCAAAGGCUUCAAACUAAAGAAAUGUAUUCAAACUGUGGCUGUUUUUUAAAACCUUAUUUUAAACUCUAUGCAGGACUGUUUUUAUUAUUUAUGUCUAGUUAUAUUCCCUGAGUUUUGGCUGCUGUAAUUUGUUUUAAUGUCUUCUAAAGUUUUAAAUUUAUUUUAAAAACAUAUUUGUUUCAAUUUCCAACCAUAAUCCUCUUUGUAUUCCAUUGGGAUUUUAACUUACCGUCAAUAGGAAACUUAAGUUUAUAGAGUGCAAGGAAUACGGUGAUGGAACAGAUCAUAUUAGUUUUAUCUGCAACAGCUUCUAAAGCUGUGCAACAUUUUCUUUCCAUUUGAAAAAAAACCAUCACAAUAUGUGUGACAAAAAUGUGACAAAAAAAAAAAAUCAAGGGGUAUUUAUAGCAGAGCAAGGCUCUUUAAAGAUGUGCUUCUUUAGGCUGAACCACUGACUUCUCUGGCUCUUUCAAUGGCGGCGCAGUGAACAGUAAGAGAAGGCGAUGAAUAUUCCAAUCCAGACACAAAGUUCUAUUUUGACAUUUGCAGUGCUGUUUCAGUAAUGCAGAGAAUAAAACUUAAGAUGCCUUCAAGUGAAAGCAGGAAAAAAAAAGCUCUGAAAUUUCCUCAAGUCAUGUUUUUUGCAUUUCUUUCCUUGAUGAAGCGUUUUAAUCAUUUCAGAAUAUCAGGAUUGGAAACAGUUGCUUGGUAUCCACACCCUGAAUAGAAAUGGAGUUAAUCUGUGGAACUGUUAAGAAAAAAAACUCAGCUUUCCAUACACGUUUUUAACAUGAUGACACUGCUUUUCUUGUGAGUUGUCAGAUUUUCUCUACUGGUGUCAGUGUCCAACCAAAGCCUCCUCCAGCCCAGGGAUUUAUGACCCGACAGCUUGUUUGUUUUCAUAACAAGUCAGAGGCUUUUAGGCAAAUCUUGAAAACCCUUGCUGUGAAAAAAAAUAAAAAUAGCAAAAAAAAUGCAUUUCACGCAAAAUAGGACUGUCACUAUUUUUGGCAACUUUCAGAUUCAUUUCAUCUAUCAAUGUUGUUUAAAAUGCACCAGAAACCUUCCGCAGGUUAGUCCACGCUGUUGCCAACAGUGUGUGUGUCUCCCGGUAACAGAGCAGAGGUUGCCAGUUCUGCAGAGAAGGAUGCAGUUUGAUGAAUAGGAUUUAGCUGAUGCUCUGACUGUGAAAUCCUCCCCCACCACCACCCGUAGAAGUGCAGUCAUGCUACAGGAUUAGACGGUUCUCUAUUCUGUCAGCUUGAAGAACUUAGUGCAAAAAUUUUAAGUCAGAUUGACAGAGAGAAUAAUACACUUAGUCUGUGCAGUUUGGGGCUGAAGUUUGAACUUGUUUUGAUUGUUGCUGUUAAUGUGCAGUUUGUACUUUUACUGCAGUUAGUUUAUUCCAAGUUUGCUUGCUGCUUAUCACUGAAGCACAAACAGUUUUCUGUGUGGAAAGUAUUUUAUUUGUGUCAUGUUUUUUUUUUAACGGCACUUUAAAGUAAACUGACUUUUCAUAGCCUUGAUCAUCUGAGGUGGAGGCAGACUUUGAUCGUCGAUCCUCCUCGGAACCUUUUUUUAUUUUCCUGUCCUCCCUUCAGUUUAUUUAUAUAGUGUGAUUUCACAACACAUAUCGUCUCUGUGUGUAAUUUGAAGUGGAUAGUUCAAGAGCAGCGCUACAAGUGACUGACAAGCAGAACUGCUGCUUAUUUGUAAGCAAAUGUAAAAGUAAUGUGUCAAACAUAGUGUAUAGACCCUCAUAUGCUACAUGAAAGCAGGUGACGGUUUGGGAAAUACUUACAAGCAAAAUUCUGCCUGUUUUUGGUGAUAUUUAUUCCUGACAAAGCUCUGGUUUUAUGAUUUGAGCUCCUGAAGCUUUGAGCUUCAAACCUUUAUUUCACUGUAAUGCUUAGAAUUGCUGACUCAUAGUUUGUCCACCUCUCCUGGUGGGUUCAAAAUCUUAUUGCACUUCAGUGUAAACAUAUCUGCGUAUUUUCACUGGGUUGUUUAUCUUAAAAUUCUUUAGUUGACCAAUCGUGAGUUUAUUGAAGUGCAAUAUCCUUUCUUCAGCUUGUAACUUUAGGAUUUUCCUCACUAUAGUCUCUGCUCUCUGAGUCAGAAGAGUGGCGAUGCUGAUUAUUGUCGUGCAAUACGCUUCGAUAAGCUUUAACUUGAGCUUCACAAGUAAUCUAUCAAAUCAUAUCUAUGGUAACACAUUGAGUUUGCUUUAGGUCGGCUUGUAUAGAUGCAGCGGUUAUUAUAUUUACCUCAGGCACUUCACUGGAAUGUUUCAUCGUGGCUGGAAAGAUUAGGGUGGAGUUAAAGUAGAACCAAAGAGGGAAGGCAGAUGUUCCGUCCCUCCUGUUUAAUGUUCAGCUGUUACCAUUGCAUUGCAGGUGUCGUCUAGAAUAACCUGCCUGCACUCCAUAUGCAAAUUGUGCUGCAUGAUUUCUGAGGAGGAAGAUGUUCCUCCUUUACCUAUUAUAGAAAUAGGUGAACAAAAAAAAGACUUGAUUUAAAAAGCCAUAGACUGGAAAACCGUUUUUUUUUUUCUUUAAACAUUACUUUGUUGAAAACACCACAAGUGCAAACCUGUGAUUAAUGCUAAAAAAUGUGAAAUAAAGAUGACUCAUGUAGAUAUUUUUACUUUGAUAUCUGUUUAUCAGAUUGAUUAUUUUUUCGACUGUGUAAACUUUGAUGGUUCCAUAAUAGACUGAUGUAUGAGAUGAACCAUAUGUAUAAGAAAGUUUAUUCUUUUGCUGACUUUUAUCUAAAUAAAUAUAUUC